GAACCGCGCGAAGUCAGUCGCGGUCCGAGCGGCCGAGUCGUCAGUCCCGCCCUCGGUUCUUUCGCGUUUUCGGUCAGUCUCCGUUCGACGUUCGAACGGUGAGGUGUGUAUAGCGCAUGUGCGCACCGGUUACUGUGGCGUACUGCGAGGUUAUAAUGGACCCGCCCGGCGGAGCUCGGGAGCCCCGCUUCGGGUCGCCGUACGGUAUGGGACUCCUUGGAGAGGUGCCGGACAUGUACGGCGCGGGCCGGCCGCCGAGCGCGCUGGGGCUCCGGCCCGGCAUGCAAGCCUGCCCGUCGCGCGGAGUCAAGCGCCCUGCCGAGCAGUGCUACGAGGAGCGGCCGCAGAGCCUGGGCCUGGAGCACUGCGCGCUGCCCGACAUCGCCGACGACGGGUACGCCUCGCUGCAGCCCAAGAAGUCGCCGCCCUCCAACGGCAAGAAGACCAAGGGCCGCGUCAAGAUCAAGAUGGAGUACAUUGACAACAAGCUGCGUCGUUACACCACCUUCUCCAAGCGGAAAACGGGCAUUAUGAAGAAGGCAUACGAGCUAUCAACGCUGACCGGCACGCAAGUGAUGCUGCUGGUCGCGUCGGAGACCGGCCACGUGUACACGUUCGCGACACGCAAACUGCAGCCGAUGAUCACGUCCGACUCGGGCAAGCGGCUCAUACAGACGUGCCUCAACUCGCCCGACCCGCCCACCACCAGCGAGCAGCGCAUGGCCGCCACCGGCUUCGAGGAGACCGAGCUCACGUAUAACGUUGUAGACGACGAGAUGAAGGAAUCGGAAGAGAGUGCUGGCUGCAACAGUAAAUGCAAGGAUGAACCGGCUUCCUCGGGCGACAGUGGAGACGAGAGCGGCAGUGAACCGGAGUCUCCGAGUGAAAAGUUGAUGCAGCAGAACCAUAAGCAGGAGUGGAUAUGUGCUGACAACGAGCGGGAGUUUAAAAGGGAACCUCCAACCGACAAUCUACCGUCAACCUCAACAGCGAACCCUGAACCGGAAAGCAGCAAGUCGACCCAACCAUCACUACCCAAGUUAUUGCCAAAGAUAGACCUGCCAGGAGGAGCGAUGUUAUACCAUACAGGCGUGUUGGGCUUGGACGGGCUUGGCAACAACCUGGGGCUUGGCAAUUUAGCCAUGGGCUAUCCUCACAGCUUUAUAUUGGGACUGGCCAACCAGGGUCAAGAAGGAGCGUCAUCAUCAUCGUCGCAGCCGCAGUACAUAACAAUACCGCUGUCGAUGGCGAUGGCGGCGGCGUCGGGCCCCGCCAACGGCUGUCCCAGCGCCUCCAGCGACGACAGCAGCGAGCUACAGGACCUCAGCACCGGCGGGAGGAAAUGAGACGAGGCAGAUGGCGGCAGAAGACUGGAGUGUUGUAAUCUUUCUAACAUCACCUGUAUCUUUACUUAACUUGUACCAAAGGUGUAUGAAAGUGAGCUUAGUAUAUAACUCCAUGUAUAAACCAGUUAUUAAUUUCAUGUAUUCUAUAAACUAUUGAACUUUAAAGUAAAUUUUAAUAGAGAUUUGACUGUUCUAUAUGUUUUCUUAUAAUUAAACAUCGAAGGUAUUCUGGUGUGGUAUUGUUACAUAAAUAAAAAAGUAAACAACACAUAACAUAACAUAAAAUUUUUGAAAAACCCCCGAAGGUCAUGAAAUUAUUAUCUCUUUCUCGAUCAAAUCAUCAAUAUUCUCUUUUAGUGCGCUUUCAUUUGAGACUCCACUCGAGUAUAUUUGCAGACAUUCGGUUAUUCUUCCCCACUUUCACCCCCCACAACUUUUAAACAACUCAACCGAUUUUCAUCAAACAUCAAUGGUAAUCAAUCGAUUUAAAGAAUGACACUCGUUCAUAAGUCACCUUUAAUGAAAAAAGUCGCUUGAUUCGUCCGGAGCUAUGGUCCACAGAUAGACUUAAAAAAAGAUACAACCUCUUUUUGCGUGGGGGGUUUAAAAAAUGAUUUUUCAAUUCGUACCCGUAGUUUCUGAGAUUAGCGCGUUCAAUCAACCAAACAAACAAACUCUUUAGCUUUAUAAUAUAAGUAUAAGUAAUACUAUAAAACAGUCAAAUUCUCUAUAACAGUAUUAUCCUAUAAAUUGUUACCUUGUGUAAAACAUAUUUUAGCCUUGCCAUGGACGUUCAUGUAAAUUGUAGACAAAAUUGGAAAUAUUGUAAAAUACAAUUAUUAAUUAACUAAUAAUUUAUUGUAUUCAAUACAUAAGCAGUUAGUUAAGGGUCGUUUGAGAAAUAAUUUAAAAGUAUUUUUGUACCAAAAUACUACUGAAAUGGGGGUUAAUGAUGAGUGAUACAUAUUGAUUAUGAAUUGUUUUAAAAACAUUUCCUGUAAUGCCACCAAAGUGUAGAUAAAUAAACAAAUUGUCAUCCAAUGGCGGCGGAGUUGUCUCAGUCCCAUCUCUUUUGUUCCAACUCAAAGAAAGAAGAAGAAAUGGUUGAAAUUUGUCUAUUUAUCUCCACGAGAUUAUUAUUAAUCGACGCAUUAGCAGUGCUGCUAAUAGAGCCAGAAAAAUGCACACUGAUUUUAUUAUUUCAAUCAGGUUUUAUUCGCAAACAUUUGAAAUGUUUGAAGUUACCCAUAUACUAUUUUAACCGAGUUGCAGAAAUGUCUUCCAGAAAAGAACUAAAUUAACUCUCAUUUUUAAUUCAUAAAAUAAUGUCUACUUAGUGUUUUUUCUUAUGUUUUUCAUGAUUUUAGUAUACCACUUUCUAAUUACUAAGGCUUCAUUAUAUAAAUAUCAAGCUUAGAGUUUUGAAGCACUUUUGAAACGUCAGAAUGUUAUGUUUCUUAAGGUAAUAAAUAAAAUCACAAAGGUAAAAUGGAACUUCACAUACAUUAUUGUAAUUAUUGUAAUUUUGUUUGAGCUCCCAUACAAAGGAGAUGGUCCAUAUCAGGUCCACUCUUGUACCCUGUAUCAUUAAAAUUAAAGAAAUACAAGGAAAUCUAACCAAAUAAAAGAAAUAAAUUAAAUUAGAACUCAAGUUUUUCAGUUAUAUCAAGAUGGCGCCCAUAAAGCAACUAUGACAUGAUAAUUGAGAGCAAACGUCAAAUCGACUACUGCAUUGAAAACGUCAUCAAUAUUAUUACCCAUAUUAGUGUUGCAUUUCUUGGGAGAGAAUGAAUAUUAUUUCGAAAGAAUUAAAAGUAAAUUCGUAGAUAUGUAAACAAAAAAUAUGAGGAAGGAGUAGGAGGGCCAGGGUAUACAAUGUGUGAUCCUGGACUCCAUAUAAUUUUGGACCAUCUCCUUUAACGAUAUCUCUCAGCGACGACGUCAUUCUUAUGCCAUUUAGUAUGGAGCGUUUUCAGCGAUCCAUGGCAGCGCCGCAAAAUUGACCCCUCAAGUCUCUAUAACUCCAAAAGUAAUGAACACAGAUACUUCACACAAAAUUGCUUUACUAUUAGCACACUCUUAAUUUAUAUACAAUUUUAUAAACCCCUAUUAAUUUCUAUUGGCUACUUACUGUACUUACCUAUGUAAAGAGCACAAGCUGACAAACGAUCAGCUUUGAUAAAAUAAGGUAAAUCUGACUCUCAUCGUUCUAAUAAAACAUUCAUUAUUACCGUGUGCUUAUUUUAUAUCUAUUAUACUUUCACAAGCUGCGGAUUAUAUAUUACAUUAUUAUUCUUAUAAUCUUAAUUAAUUUGCUAUUUAUACUUUCAUAACUGCAAAACAUUUCACACGAUUUUAGUUAUAUUAUUAAUGCAUAUAAUAUAUACCAUACAUGGGUUAAAUGUUGUCUUAUAUUGACUGAAAUGAUUCGGUUCAGUACCUCUGUACAGUUUUUACAGUUUUUAAUGAUAUUAUUAAGCGUUGUUAAUAUUUUAUUGCGCGACUUUUAAGGCAAUGUGUCACAUGUAAAAAAAUAGGACGCAAUACUAUGCGAUGUCACAAAGUUUUUGCUACUCUAAAUUGAAUGACAUUUUUUUCCAAAAAUAAUAUUUGAAAAAAGUAUUUUAAAACCCGCUCCCUCUUCGCUAAUCAUACAAUAAAUUAAAAAGUUACCCCUAGCUUAGUUUUUAUUAACGUCUCUUAUUUAGUUUUUUUUUUGUAAAAUAUCGGUUUUAAUGUUUUAGUUAGUGCAACACAGUUCUAGUUCUUAGAAAGUGGUCAGUAACCUUUUUUAUAAUUUAGUUGUUAGUUAUUAUUUUAUUUUAUUUUAAGUAUUUUAAUUUCAACACCGUAGUUACGUAUAAAAGUGGAACAAAAGCAAUUGUUUCGCGGGUACGUGAACAUUUUGUUUGUUUUAAACGUAAGUAUAAAAUGUAGGCAUGCGGCUUGAAUUCAGAGGAAAAUGUAGGCCGAGUUUCUUAGAAUGCGAGCAGUUUUUAUUUGUUAUUUAUUGUGUUGGAAAUACCGUCGUGUUGGUGGCAGUAUUAAUGUAAUCUGGUUCAGGCAGGCCAAUCCACAAUGCUGAAAUAAGAAUUUGCAGAAAAGAGUAGGUAUAGAAUUAUUUACUUACAAUUAACAGAUGUGAUAGCCCAUCCGAAUCCGAUCCGGGGCAGGCACUUUUUAGUUUUAUUUAUUUAUUUAUUUAUUUAUUGAUAUACCAACAAUGACAACAAGAAACAUUAAUAACAAUCUAUACAUAGGUAAACUUAAAAAGUUCUAGUGCUAAACGAAGCCAUCUUUUAAAGGUAUAUACAGUAUUGUUGUUUGUUGACCGGUUAAACUUAAAAAUUAAACUACCUACACUUAAAACUACAAAUUACAUUUACGUCAAGUGUCCUAUUGAUUUAAUUGUUAUCCAGUUAUAUAUGCCAGUUUUGUGAAUUUUAUAAAAUUAAAUAUCACGUGUCUCAAACGGUGAAGGAAAAACAUCGUGAGGAAACCUGAAAAUUUUCUUAAUUCUCUACGUGUGUGAAGUCUGCCGCAUUGGGUCAGCGUGGUGGACCAAGGCCUAACACCUCUUAUUCUGAGAGGAGACUCGUGUUCAACAGUGAGCCGAAUAUUAUGGGUUGUUAAUGAUGAACAGACUCGGUAACAGGGACAUUCAUAUUCCAUUCUACCGGACUUCCAAUUGCUCAAAAUCACAAAAAUUUAAAACUUUAAUUUUGAAAAGCGGUUUGUAUUUAUAUUAAUUUAGAUCGCAAUUCAAUAUGCUUAGAAUUAAGUACUAAGUUAGAACAGUAAAACUAUUAGUAUUUCAAAAUUGCUAAAAAAAUCUAGGCAAGGCAAACAUAAAUCUUUUGAAACGUUUUGUACCUUGGUACGUUUUUUAUUUUUUAGCUAAAAAUCCUCUAAAUUCAAGUCACAUUUUUAUUAAUUAAAGUUUGAAAAAGUUGUCACGUGCUCUAUAGAUGUCAUGUGAUAAGCAUUUAAUAUAGUUUUCGUUUGUUUUAUUUAAUUAGAAACUUGUCUGUCAACACACCUGUGCGUAUUUUGAAAAUGUUAUAAAAUUUUUAGAAAAAAAAGUUUAUUCGAAAAUCUAAAUCUCAAAGCCAUUGAUAACGAAAUUUGAAUUAUUUUCUCUUCGAAAAAAAUCUAAUCUGAAAAUAGCGAGUUUUUGAGAUUCCAUCUUCGAUUUUCAAGAGCCCAAUUUUCGACCAUCGAAAGAGUUGUGAAAUUGCAUGUAAUUUCGAAAGUAAUGCCUACUUUUCAUACUACUAGAUUUCUUUCAAGAAUUUUUCGUUUUUGCAUUUGUCACCUUUAUAUAGAUACUAGUAUAUGGACAAAAUUAGGUAUGCUAGAUUCAUUUUACUCAUUUGAUGCUCGAAAUCGAUUGACGAAAUUCAUACUUAAAAACAUAAAAGGUACUUAAAAUAUGAUUUUCGAAGAUGAAUUAUUUUAUUCAUAUUAAUGAGGUAUAUAUUAUAUAUCGUCAAUUAUAACAUUUUCGAACUUCUUCCUAAUUUAUUAGUUUAUGUUUUGUAGCGUCGACUGAUGGUACACAUUUAUGUAAGGUUGUUUUAAGAUAAUAAUAAUAAAAUUAAUGUUCCUUUUUCGUUUCCUAUGAAUUAAUAAAACAUUUUGAAAAGA